GGUCCUGCAAGUCAGGUCGGCUGGUGCCGGAGGCCGGAGCGCGCUCCCUGGCGGCGGCCAGGAGUCUCGGUGCUGAGGACGCUCUGUCGGGACCCUGAGCCAGUUCUGCGCGUGGCUGGGCCCCUCUCCGGGUCGGACGCCUCCUCUCGAGAUCUUCGUCCCUGAAGGCCGGGAAACCUGUGCAAAUAAUGAGGCCCGAGAGUUAACUGACAUGCCCAAGGAAACAGAACUAGUAGGUCAUGGAGCCAGGAUGCAAAAGUGUAAGAAAGAAGUUGGUCUACAAAAUCGAGAAGAAAACCAAGGGAAAGCAAUCAGGUAGUGUUUUUCCAGCGCUGUUGUUAUAGAACAGCACGUUCCGGGUGUCCCACGCACAGUUCAUAUUCCUUCCUCUUCAAGGUAACAAUGUACUGGAUCAGCAGCACCCCAGCCACCACGGCGCACACGCUGGCGCUUGCUACCGCGCUCACCCUCGCCAUGGCCGCUUGGUCCAUGGACGGGGCCUCCUGCGCCUUCGGGUCAAGAGAAGAGGUCGCUGGGUGGCUCGGGCCUCGGACGCUCCGCCCCAGAGACCAACCCAGACGCCCCGCCCCGCGCCGCCCUAGCCCCGCCUCCUAGGAAAGCCCCACCCACGAGCGGCGGGAACGGAGAAAGGAGUGGGAGGGGCGUGGCUUGCGUCCCCGCCGGGGGGCGGGAGGUGGGUCUUCCUCAGAACCCGCGUCCAAGGAACUGUACAAGAACAGAAAAGAGGAGUCGAAUUAAUUCUCUCUCUCUCUCUGCUAAUGAAGACCGGGCAGUAGUUCAUUCUAGCUCCGCCCAGUAGAAAUCUGAUUCCAAACAUCACUCAGAAAAAAAUCCUCCGCCUUCCUCUCUCCUGACACCCAGGACUACAACCCCCAGAAGGCAUCGGGGCUCAGCUGAGUUGCGCAGUAGCGUUCGUUGUAAAGUGCUAUGACAACAGGGCGGAGAUGGCUUGGAGUUAGGCUUGAGUGGGUAGGUGUCCCUUCCGCCGCUGCUGUCCUUUUUCUGCUACAUCCCACUCACUGCCUCCUUCAUCAUUUCCUCCUCUUUGUGAGCAGCAGGUCUUACCGCUGUUCUUUCCUGCCUGAUAUCUGCCACGGGAUUGAUGCCGUUUUUCCUGCUUGUCUCUGAGGGUGACAGAGAGGGGAUGCAGGGGAGCUACUUGGUGGGAUCGCUCCAGCUCUGUGGAGCUGGUGGUGCCAGGUGGUGAGGCGCUGUCUUUGCCUGGGACGUGAAACAAGUUGGAUCAGGAGAACGAGAGGGAGAAGUAAGGGUUGCUUUUUCCUGCACCGUCCGUUCUUGCUCGUCGUUCCAGCCCUGGAAUCCUGGCAGACGUUCUUAAAGGGAAAUCGGUGGAAGGAGAGUUCGAAGAAAGGUGGGGCAGGACCCACCUGACUCGGCAUCAGAGUGAACGAAAAUGUCUUUAUUUAAAGCCCGUGAUUGGUGGUCUACUGUUCUGGGAGAAAAAGAAGAAUUUGAUCAAGGCUGUUUGUGUUUGGCUGAUGUUGACAAUACUGGAAAUGGACAAGAUAAAGUAAUUGUGGGUAGCUUUAUGGGAUACCUAAGGAUCUUUAAUCCUCAUCCUGUAAAAACAGGAGAUGGAGCUCAAGCUGAAGAUUUGCUUCUAGAAGUGCAUCUACGAGAUCCAAUACUGCAAGUGGAAGUAGGAAAGUUUGUUUCAGGUACUGAAAUGCUUCAUUUGGCUGUGUUGCAUUCUAGAAAACUGUGUGUCUACUCUGUCUCAGGAAGCUUGGGUAAUGUGGAACAUGGGACCCAAUAUCAGAUCAAAUUGAUGUAUGAACAUAAUCUUCAGAGAACAGCCUGCAAUAUGACUUAUGGAUCAUUUGGUGGUGUAAAAGGUCGCGAUUUAAUUUGUAUCCAGUCUAUGGAUGGAAUGCUGAUGGUGUUUGAGCAGGAGAGCUAUGCUUUUGGGAGAUUUCUCCCUGGUUCUCUUUUACCUGGCCCUCUUGCUUACAGUUCCCGUACAGAUUCCUUCAUUACUGUUUCAUCCUGCCGACAAGUGGAAAGUUACAAAUACCAAGUACUUGCUUUUGCAACGGAUGCAGAUAAAAGACAAGAGACUGAACAGCAAAAACUUGGUUCUGGAAAAAGACUAGUUGUGGAUUGGACUCUAAAUAUUGGAGAGCAAGCCCUUGAUAUAUGUAUUGUUUCUUUCAAUCAGUCAGCAUCUUCUGUUUUUGUUCUUGGUGAGAGAAACUUUUUUUGCCUUAAGGAUAAUGGACAAAUUCGAUUUAUGAAGAAACUUGAUUGUAGCCCAAGUUGUUUUCUCCCAUAUUGCUCAGUUUCUGAAGGAACAAUAAAUACUUUGAUUGGAAACCAUAAUAACAUGUUGCAUAUUUAUCAGGAUGUGACAUUGAAGUGGGCCACUCAACUUCCCCACAUUCCUGUAGCAGUAAGAGUGGGCUGUUUACAUGAUUUAAAGGGAGUGAUAGUCACUCUGAGUGAUGAUGGUCACUUGCAGUGUUCAUACCUGGGGACAGACCCUUCUUUGUUCCAAGCUCCAAAAGUUGAAUCUAGAGAACUAAACUAUGAUGAACUUGAUAUAGAAUUGAAAGAACUUCAGAAAAUCAUCAAAGAUGUUAACAAAUCACAAGGUGUAUGGCCUAUGACCGAGAGAGAAGAUGACCUGAAAGUCUCUGCCGUGGUUUCUCCUAACUUUGAUUCAGUAACUCAAUCUACUGAUGUUGAAGUGGGAGCUGACCUUGUCCCUUCAGUCACAGUGAAGGUCACACUGCAGAAUCGAGUGACAUUACAAAAGAUCAGAUUAUCGGUCUAUGUACAACCACCUUUAGUAUUGACUUGUGAUCAGUUCACCUUUGAAUUUAUGGCACCAGAGAUGACUAGAACAGUAGGCUUUUCUGUUUAUCUGAAAGGAAGUUAUUUACCAUCUGAAUUGGAAGGAAAUGCUGUUGUUUCUUAUUCCAGACCUACAGGCAUUCCUCGAGUUAGCCAAUGUAAGUUUAGACUUCCCCUGAAAUUAAUCUGCUUACCAGGCCAGCCUUCAAAAACUGCAAGCCACAAACUAACUAUUGAUACCAACAAAUCUCCAGUCAGUCUUCUCAGUCUCUUUCCAGGCUUUGCCAAUCAGUCAGAAGAUGAUCAGGUGAAUGUAAUGGGUUUUCGCUUCUUAGGAGGUUCCCGAGUUACUCUUCUUGCUUCCAAAACCUCUCAACGAUAUCGCAUCCAGAGUGAACAAUUUGAGGAUCUUUGGCUCAUAACAAAUGAGCUUAUUAUCCGCCUUCAGGAAUAUUUUGAAAAACAGGGAAUCAAAGAUUUCGCAUGUUCUUUUUCUGGAUCUGUGCCCCUUCAAGAAUAUUUCGAGUUGAUUGAUCAUCAUUUUGAGUUGCGGAUAAAUGGCGAAAAAUUAGAAGAACUCUUAUCUGAAAGAGCUGUACAAUUUCGGGCCAUUCAACGCCGGCUAUUAACAAGGUUCAAAGAUAAAACACCUGCUCCUCUCCAACACCUGGACACCUUGCUAGAUGGAACUUACAAGCAGGUAAUCUCUCUAGCAGAUGCAGUAGAGGAAAACCAAGACAAUCUGUUCCAGUCAUUCACCAGGCUGAAAAGUGCCACCCAUUUGGUGAUUCUGCUGAUCGGGCUGUGGCAGAAGCUUAGCGCCGACCAGAUUGCUGUCCUGGAAGCGGCAUUUCUGCCACUGCAGCAGGACACUCAAGAAUUGGGCUGGGAAGAAACAGUGGAUGCUGCUAUUUCCCACCUUUUGAAGACCUGCCUAUCGAAGAGUUCCAAGGAGCAGGCUUUGAACCUCAGCAGCCAGUUGAGCAUACCCAAAGACACAAGCCGAUUGAAGAAACGUAUCACCUUGCUGUGCGAUCGAUUAGCCAAAGGUGGACGUCUCUGCCUAAGUACUGACGCAGCAGCUCCGCAGACCAUGGUCAUGCCAGGUGGCUGUGCUACGAUCCCAGAAUCAGACCUAGAAGAAAGAUCAGUAGAGCAAGACUCCACUGAACUGUUUACCAACCACAAACACCUCAUCGUGGAGACGCCCAUAGCUGAAGUUUCACCCCUCCAAGGAGUUUCAGAAUAGUUGAAGUAGAGUUGUCUGGUUGAGGGGAAGAUGGCCUUCCCAAGGCUGAUCAUGUGUGGACCUCAUGCCAAGCACAGAUGAAGGUGCUUCAUACAGCUCACCUGCCAGGAGAUAAUAGGUAGAGAUGGGGAUGGGGACUUUUAAUUUUUCUAGGAGGACUUGUAAUACUAUGGGCAAGUCAGUUGAACUUGUCUUACCAGGAAAGGAUGUUGCUGCUUUUUGGUCAUCUGUAUGCUUUCAGCCACAGUAUAUAGUGAGAUGACAUCUUUUGGGGGCAGACUUUGUAAUGCAAAGACCCAGAUCCUACUUGAUACCCCAGUUUUUUCACAGAAUUCUUAUAUAUUAAAUGUAUCGAGUUUAAUAAAAGCAUCUUAUUGUCAAA